AACCUGCCUAUGGGUAUAACCUGGGAUGUCUACACCGGCGCAUCAGAAUGCAAGUCAGAAGCUGAAAUCGCUAGCGAAUUCAGUAGGAUGAAAGACUUCAAGAUGAUCCGCUUAUACGGCAUGGACUGCAAUCAGAUCUCCCUUGGCAUCCAGAAUGCACUUAAGAACGGCCAGAAGCUCAUGGGCGGCGCAUAUCUGGAUGCAGGUGGUAGCGGUGAAGACGUCAGCGAGGUCAUCCAAGCUUACAAGAAUGCUAUCGAUCAGCACGCCGGCGGCAACUGGGAGGUCAUACAGCUCUUCACAGUGGAGAACGAACGUGUAAACGAGGGCAGGAUGAAUGCAGCGCAGGUCGUAGACGCAAUUGGUAGAGCGCGUACCCAGCUACGACAACUUGGCUACAGCGGCCCUGUGGGCGCUGUCGAGACGGCACCAGCUACUAUUAACAACCCGUCUAUCUGCGAAGCCUCAGACGUGGUCAUGGUCAAUAUCCAUGCCUUCUUUGACCAACACACGCACGCAGCGGAUGCAGGUCCCUUUGUGAAGAACCAAGUCCGGAUGGUACAGUCUACCUGUAACAAUAAGCGUGUUGUUGUCACUGAGUCGGGUUGGCCUCGCCAGGGUAGCCCCAAUGGUGAAGCUAUCCCAUCAGCAGAGAACCAGCGCAUUGCUCUUCAGUCAAUCCGCGAAUCUUUCAGUGGCGACAUGUUUCUCUUCAGCGCCUUUGAUUCCAGCUGGAAGGUCAACACGGCAUCUACUUUCAACGCCGAGCGUUUCUGGGGCGUUAUCGGGUAG